GUCCUCAAAACCUUCACCCCCAUGUCCCAAAUCCCUGACCAUGUCCAGUUUGUGUCCGAGGUCUCCCCAGCCGAAUUGGAGGCAACGAAGAAAUGGAUCCUAGUGAACUUCACCGCCUACGAGAAGAAAGACCCUGACUUCGCGGCCAACUUUUUCGAGCCGAAUGCAACUGCUGACGUUCCUGGUCUCGGGCGCUUAAACGGUACCCAAGAGAUCGCCAAGUUCUUCGAGUGGACGUUCAACGCAGUCCAGACGGCUAAGCCAGACGUGAAGUCGGUCAAAGUCACGCCAACCCACCUGGCCGUCGAGUUGAAGAUGACCUCGACGUUCAAGAAUGGUGCUGUAACUGCCAUUGACGGGAAUCUUACUCUGUACAGGAGCCCUCAGGACACCAAAGCGAAAGGCUUCCAGAUGGAAGUUGCUCUGCCUGAUAUGACCAUGUACUUGCGACAAGGAAUUUCCGUCGCUGGGCCUAUUCUUGUUCCCGCCGCUGUUUCACUCCAGUGAUCGUCCAAAAUACCAGUGUCAAUGCAUAGUGCACUGAGCAGCAGAGUAGUUAUGAUCCCAAAUGAACGAGUUCUCGAGCACGAUGCUCCACCCGUUUA